AUGCUGAACGUGUAUCGUUGACUCCUACUCUAGCUGAUAUUUUUGAAAAUGAAGGCAUUGAUUUCAACUGUACUACCAGUAAACAAGUCUCACUUUUAAUUUGGAACAAAUAUACAAAAGAAAGUAACGAUACUGCAACUGUUAUUAACAACAAUGGCACAUGCAAAUUAUAUGGAUUUAAUAAUUCCACUCAUUCUGUAACUUGCCUAACUUUAUACGAGGUGAUAUUGCGUAUUUCCAACGUAACUAGGCAACAACACGGUCAAAAACUGAAUUGUGAAGACGGAAAUAACGCAAAAAGUGAUUUGUCUACUAUAUAUGUUAGAGUAUCAAUUACAUCAGUAAAUAUUCAAAAUGCAUCCAGAAACCAUGAAGUUAGCAUUAUAGAAAACAUACCGGCACUUCUUAUUUGCGAGACUUCUGUUGGGCGCCCUGCAGCACAGAUAACAUGGAAACAAAUCACAGAUGACAAGGUAAUUGAAUUCACAAAUAAUUCAAUUACAAGUAAUAUCUCAACAGAAACCAUUGAAAACAUGGGCAUGGAGAGAACUAGAAGUUACCUUGAAAUAAUACCGGAAAGGGGUGUAAAUGGCACACGUAUUUUCUGCGAGGCAACAAACGGAAAACCAGCUACGGCAAGCAAAGAAGUGACUUUAUAUGUACAAUAUCCACCGAGCACGCCAGAAUUCUUUAUUGAUGAAACGAUAGUUAGUAACAAAGUACGAUAUAUCUUAGGAAACAACGUAUCAAUAAUUUGUUUGAGCGACAGCGAUCCGCAUCCAAUUUAUUUAUGGCAGUCAAGAAUAUCUGGAGAAGUUGAAACACAGACUUUUAUGCUAUCAAACAUAUCGAAAAAUGACACUUUGCAAUGUACUGCAAGUAAUGUAAUUGCGCAUACAAAUGGUACCUACGUUCAAGUAAAUAAUACUGCUAGUCUUGAAAUUGAAGUAAUGUCUCCUCCCACCAAACCAAUCCUUCAUUUCAUACUUUCUGAACUGGAAACUCCUAUUGUGAAUGAAACAUUGCAUGUGAUUCAAGAUGAUAGCAUAAUGAUCUCGUGUCAGUCACAUGGAAAUCCUAGUCCUAAUAAUUUAUGGAUCGGAUACAGCAAGGAUUCCGUAUUAAAAAUAAAUUCAAUAAAGACAAAUAUAAAUCAAACAUGCGUAGCUUCAAAUGAAAUGCACGAGACUGUAGGAGUUGUAAGAAAUAGCUCUGCAAACACAACGAUAUCAAUAAUUGUUUCAUAUCCACCCGGAAAACCCUUUUUAACGUUUCACAAUCAUUCUCAACGAGAAGGUGUAGGUAGCAUCAUAGGAAUCAACAACAUUUCCGUUGUUGAAAAUUCCUCAUUUACAGUUACCUGCAAAGCAAGCGGAUCUCCUUCCCCUACAUAUACAUGGGAAACUAUUAGCAAGGAUAAGUCACCAAAUCUGACAAUGCACAAUAUAAACAGGGAUCAGCGCGGAGAGUAUGCGUGUAUUGCUGAGAAUAUAUUAAGACGAAGUAUUCCGGAAUAUGAAGAACGACGGAAUAUCACCACUUUUCUGUUUAUAGAUGUGUUAUUUCCAAGCAAAAUUGAUAAAUUCUUCGUCCAAGGGAAUGAUAACACAUCCUUUAUCCAAAUAACUGAAAACAAGACUUUGACAUUUAACUGCAGUGUUGAAAGCAAUCCAGGAUCAUAUAUGACAUUAACAUUUAAAGAAAAAGCCUUACUGCGCAAAUCAUCAGCAAACACUUUGAUACACACCCAUAGGAUCAGAUCUUGUCUGGACGAAGGAAUUUACAAAUGUUCGGCAAACAACAGCUUUAACAGAAUGACAUCUUCUAAAGAACUAUUAGUAAAAGUCAGAUGUUCUCCUUUAGCUUCACCGUUGUUUUAUUUGAAUACAAAUGUAAACAGUAAUUUACAUGAGACAAUAACAUUAUCUUAUAUUGCUCUGGCCAAUCCUAAGCCAGAUUUUGAAUGGUUCAAAGAUAAGGGUACCUAUUGGGAAAAGUUGAUUGAUGUCACAAACAUCAAAAUAGUGACAUUGGGCCUGACAUCAAAUCUUACAUUCAAGACAGUUACAGAAACAGAUUAUGGACAAUACAAGUUGAUAAUACAAAAUGAGAUAGGUUUAUCUCAGCAAAUAUUUAAUUUAAUCCCAAGAAUGAAACCUUCAGAAAAGAACAACAACAUAAUUGGAAUUUUGGUGGGAACUGUAUGCGGCAUAUUUGGUGCUUCACUUUCGGUUAUGUUAUUUGUUUGGAUUUUCAGGAGAAGGCGUAUUGGUAGAGAAACUAACGAACCACAUUACCAAAACAUGACGACGUUUCGUAAACAAACGGAAUCAAAACCAGCAAGGGUAAAUAACAAGGACAAAAUGCCAAGACAAGAAUCAGAUUUAAAUGAAACGAUGUUGCAAGAAGUUGAUGAUAAUCCUGCUGAAACAAAUGAGCGCACUGAAUACUACAAUUCUAUUGAAAAGAUAGAAAACAUUGAUACAAUAAAAGUAUCAGAACUGUAUCAAUAUGUUGUCGGUAGAAAUGAAGAUGACUUUGCACUCGAAUAUCAGAAUAUACCUACAGAACUCCAGAAACCAUGCAAUUUUGCUACACAACCUGAAAACAUAGCAUUGAACAGAUACAAUGGGAUAUUUCCUUAUGACCACUCAAGGGUCAAGAUACCUUCAAUACCGGAAUUUUUCAUGAAUGCAUGCUACAUAGAUGGAUUUGAGAGACGUAACGCAUAUAUUGCGUCAUUAGGUAGUUAUACAUUACUUUUAAGACUGAAGUAA